CUCCUCUUCACAUACAUAUAUAAAACACUGUAAAAGUUAAUCCUCGGUACAAACUAAGCGACACUAACUACUAGUCAACGAUAUAAGCCAUCGACCAGAAUGAAGAUGACCAAAUUGCAAAUACUACUCAUUGCGGCAGCUCUCAUAUGCAGCACUGAUGCUCGGAGCUUGUGGAACAAAAUCAAAGAUACGACAAACGAUGCCAAAAAAGCUGUCAAAGAUACGGCAAACGACGCCGGAAAGGCUGUAAAAGAUACGGCAAACGACGCCGGAAAGGCUGUCAAAGAUACGGCAAACGACGUCGGAAAAGCUGUCAAAGAUACAACAAACGACGCCGGAAAAGCUGUCAAAGAUACAGCAAAUGACGCCGGAAAAGCUUUAAAAGAUACAGCAAACGACGCCGGAAAAGCUGUCAAUGCUACAGCAAACGACGCCAGAAAAGCUGUCAAAGAUACAGCAAACGAAGCCGGAAAAGCUGUCAAAGAUACAGCAAACGACACCGGAAAAGCUGUCAAAGAUACAGCUAACGACACCGAGAAGGCUAUCUCAGAUACAGCAAACGACGCCGGAAAAGCUGUCAAAGAUACAGCAAACGACGCCGGGAAAGCAAUUACAGACACGGCCAAUGAUGCAGGAAAAGCAGUAAAAAAUACUGUACAAGAAAUAGUGAAUAUAUUUGGUUAAGUGUUUUGUUAAGUAGACAUGACACUUGUUUGUAAAAAAGUACAUGAUAAAAUAACGCUAAACACGUAUUUGGAGUAUAUAUUACAAUGAUAUCACGUUUACAUGUAUAUAAAAUGGACAUAGUAUCAACAUUAAAACAACAAUAACAGUUUGAAUCAAACAACACAAAUAAAAUAAUAUUAAGACGAUUAUCAGGUGAGUUUAUUUCAUGAACUCGGCUUGGACUAGACGUUUCCGUAUUAUUUCAGAGACGAUUAUAAGGGACUCCAAUUUGCUUGAUUUAGUAAUGAUUAUAUACGGACAGUGUUCUGUCGAGACCUUUGUGAAUAGGUUAGAUAUAUACGAUGUGUAUUUGUUGUGGUUUUUAAUGAUAUCUUUGCCAAUCAGUCUCUGUCUCUGUUUAAAAUGUUUGGGUUAUACAAUUUAAAAAUACUUUAUGUUGUCGUAAUUAAUAAUCAAGUGAUAUUUAAAAAAUA